AUGAUUUUCAGCCAAUAUCUCCGUUUGCCACUGGGGCUGCUCGUUUUUCUGGUUCUGUGCACGCAGAUCUUUGGCCCUCCCGUGGCAGAGGAGCAAAUCUCUGAGUCCAUACGCUCGAUCACAGCCCAGUACUUCAGAAUCGUGGAGCGGUCAAUGAAUGACACGGUGCGGAGCUUGAUAGAUCAGGUGGAUUCCAACGGAGAUGGUCAGAUUCAGCUGGAGGAGGUUCAAACUCUUGCAUUCGCCGUGCUUCAGAGAGUCCAGAAGGCCGGAAUACACGCACGGGAGAUCAGUCGUGCCUUCUCCCAUAUUACGUGGACAGAGCUGUUUUGGCGGUAUCUUCUUCUGCAGCUACUGUUCUUGUUCACCCUCUUCAUUGUGGAAAACCUGCGCUGCCUCAUAUUUACAGCCCCACGCCGGCUUCUUCUCGACGAUUCCUACUUGACGGCAACACCGCCCGAGGUAGGCCCAGAGAUCGCGUUGAAAUACGACACCCCAUGGACUCCAUAUGAGCGACUAAAGCUGGUGUUUUUUGCCGUCACUGGUCUUUUGUUCUUGCGCAUCUUUUGCGUGAUUUUUUUUGCCGUACUUUCAUGUUUUAUUAUGACCCUCUGCAGUUGGCGCGGUCGAACGCGUCUUGCUAAUCCGCUUUGGUUUACCGUAAUGAGCACUAUGGCCUGCUUAUGUGUUCACGUUGGCUCAGUCUUUGCCGGGGUAUACCACGUUAAGGUGUUUGGGCACGUUGCCAAUCCGUCUGAAUGUAAGAUAUUGAUUGGAAACCACUCAUGCGUCAUGGAGGUUUUUGUGCUUUUUAUGCUGGGGAAUUUUCCGUCAUUUGUAACACGGAAGGAGAACUGUGAGAAGGCUCCAUUCUUUGCAGAUAUCGCGGAGGCGCUGCGUGCCAUCGUCGUGGACCGCGGCGAUGCAAACUCCCGGCAGGCGACUGCCGUUGCCAUUAGCGCACGCGCGAAGGACAAAGACCCCAAUGCGCCCCAACUACUUGUUUUUCCGGAGGGAACCACGUCGAAUCAACGGGCACUUUUCAUGUUUAAAAAGGGGGCCAUGGUGCCUGGUGAGCCGUUGCAGAUGAUUUGCGUAAGCUUCCCCUACGAACACUUUAAUCCAUGCUGGACGGGGCGCGCCUGCGGUGGAAACAACUUCAGUGACCUCCUUGUGCGUCUGUGCUCGCAGUUUGUAAACCACCUGGAGGUGCGGGCGCUGCCGGUGUACACCCCCACCGAGGAGGAGAGAAAAGACCCAGUUCGCUACGCAAAACACUGUCAGCAGAUGAUGGCUAGCGUCCUCCGCUGCGGCGUGAGUUCCUGCACGUACGGUGACUAUGAAUCAUUGUCGAGGAGGAAGCCACGCGCGUAG